CCUUCAACUGUCGGGAAUUUAAAAGGGAAACGCAUGGGCUCCACUUGCGGAUUUGAAGAGGAACCCCUGCGAAGUUUUCUUUUUAUACAGCCUCCCCCGCCUCCCCCUGCAUCUCAGCGGGAUGGGAUGUUCCGGAAGUUAAUCAAGCCGGUAUCAACACGUGACCAGGGUGGGGAAACGGUCUGGCGCGAGUGUCUGUGACGCCAUCUCGCCGCGACUCAUUUUCUUCGACUUUUCUGCCUGUUCUGCCGGAGCUAUGCCGAAAGUCGUAUCGCGGUCCGUGGUCUGCUCAGACACCCGGGACCGCGAGGAAUAUGAUGAUGGCGAGAAGCCCCUCCAUGUUUACUACUGUUUAUGCGGACAGAUGGUCCUGGUGCUGGAUUGCCAGUUAGAGAAAUUGCCCAUGAGACCCCGGGACCGGUCUCGCGUGAUCGAUGCUGCCAAACACGCUCAUAAGUUUUGUAACACAGAAGAUGAGGAGACUACUUAUCUUCGGAGGCCUGAGGGCAUUGAACGUCAAUACAGGAAGAAGUGUGCAAAGUGUGGACUGCCGCUCUUCUACCAGUCUCAGCCGAAGAAUGCUCCUGUGACCUUCAUUGUGGAUGGAGCAGUAGUGAAAUUUGGCCAAGGCUUUGGGAAAACCAAUAUAUAUACUCAGAAACAAGAGCCUCCUAAGAAGGUUAUGAUGACCAAAAGGACUAAAGACAUGGGCAAGUUCAGCUCUGUUACUGUGUCUACCAUUGAUGAGGAAGAAGAAGAGAUAGAGGCUCGGGAAGUUGCUGACUCCUAUGCACAGAAUGCCAAAGUGAUUGAAAAACAGCUGGAGCGCAAAGGCAUGAGCAAGAGGCGGCUGCAAGAGUUGGCUGAAUUGGAAGCCAAGAAAGCAAAAAUGAAGGGGACCCUGAUCGACAACCAGUUCAAAUAAUCAGGAUCUUUCUGAACUCAGACUGGGGGCAGCACUUACAUCAGGAAGAGUAGCUUCAAGAUCUCAUGGUCUGGUUUCUGUUUGCCCCAGGACUGUUCUCUGGCAGUCCCAUUGGUUUUCUGACACUGUUUAUCUUCUUCUUCUUUUUCUUUUUUUUCUUUUUUUUUCUUUUUUUUUUUUUCUUUUUUUCGGAGCUGGGGACCGAACCCAGGGCCUUGCGCUUUCUAGGCAAGCGCUCUACCACUGAGCUAAAUCCCCAACCCCUGUUUAUCUUCUUUCAUUGAAGUCCUUGACUCCAUUUCAGGACGUAGAUUGUAAAAUCUCUGUGUAUGUGUUUUCUACCCUUCUUGACUUUGAGAUCAGAUCCUGUUACACGCCAGAGGAUGGCCUUGAACUCUCUGAGCCUCCUAUCUUAGCCUCUAGUACUGAAGUUACAGGACCGCAUCACCACGCCUGGCUUCUGCAGCAGUCCUCUUUUCAUUUGAAGUACACUUCUCCGAUGUAGCUAGAACUAGUUAGUAAGUGUUUGAGUGUCUCUUGUAUCUGAGGUAGAUUUUUUUUUCUUCAAAGUUGUUGCAGUGUUUAAAGAUUUUUUUAAAUAUGUAAGUAGGAAAGUAGCAAAAAUUAAGUUUAAAAUUACAGACAGGUAGAUGGAUACUUUUACGAAACUCUGUCUCUAAUCUUUAAACUGUUCUUAGAAUGGACUGUGGUUGGAAUCUUUCUCCUAUCAGUAGAGAACAGAUAGAUACCUGAUCUGCAGAAAUAUUUCUUUACUCAACCAUGCUAUGUCAGAUUUCAGAAUAAAAGAAGGAAAAGCCAUGUGGCUGGGGGUGUAGCUGGGUAGUAGAAUGCAUGCUAGGCAUGUGUGAGGACAUCUCCAGUACAAAAAAAAAAUAGGAAAGCCAGAUCACAGUUGCUCAGAUAGCUCAGGUCUGAUUUUAAAUAUGGCCUUGAUAAGUAGCCCAAAGGCAUUAGUGAGUCAGCUGAGAGAAUACUCUGUGAGUACACGGAAGCAGACAUAGUGAGAAUAGCUUAUCUGUUGGGCAUCUGGUUUUAUAUUUGCUAUUUGCAGAAGAGCAUUUUAAAUGUGUCACUCUCCUUCAAUUAUGUCAAUAUCCAUGUGAUUCUUCCAUAUUGUUCUCUGUUUGCCUGUAUUGCAAGGCCCAAGGAGACAUGGAAUGUGUUGUCCUCCUCGUGUUGUCUAUGAUGGGUUGCACUUUUUAAAUACUCAAGGCUCGUUGGUGAGGUGUUGCCAGGAAAUAGGGUUUUUUUUUUUUUUGCCUGUUUUUCUGUUUUUUGUGGGGGAGAGGUGUUGCCAGGAAAUAGUUUUUUUUUUGCCUGUUUUUCUGGUUUUUGUGGGGGAAAGCUGGUUAUAGUAGAGGUACAGUUGAGCUAGCAAUAACUGGACAGACAUGGAUUGGGGAUCCUGGGAAUGUGAAGAGUGGAGGUAUGUUACCACCUUCCCAGUUAUUCUGCAGCCUGUAGGGUCUUUUUAUAGCUACUUUUUAACCUCAUUUUCUGUUCUAGUUGUAAGACAGAAUGAACAUUUGUGAAUGGACAAAUAUGUCCAGACAAUGGCCUCUACCUUUACGCCAUUUUAUCCCCAAAUUCUUGGUAUACAACUUGGAUAUACCAAGACCACCUUAGAAAUUCAGGCUUCUAUUCUCUGGCCACCGCCUCCAACUAUUUCUAGUCUCAUGUGCUCCCAUCCUUGUAGACCUUUUUAGAUGUGAUUUUUGAUUUGAGGGGUGAUUAUUUUGCUAGUAAUAAUGAAACAUAAUUGUGGCAAUAGCACCAUUAAUACUCACUCGUCUCUAUUGAGUACCUGGUUGUAGGAAGCACUUUAAAGGCAUUAGCUCACCUCCUAGGAGAUAAGAUAACCGUUGUCAUCACUGUUAGAUAAACUAGUACUCUGAAGCUCUGAAUUUUCCUCUCCCAAGAUCUACUGGCCAGUAACUAGUAAAAUCAGAAGACUGACUUUAAAACUCAAACUCUUUCCUGUGCUGAACUGCUGCUUCUGUAGAAUCUUGUAUCAUUUGAUCAGAACAUAAUUUCAUUUUGAAAAAACCACUGAAGUGCAAUGUAAAAUAUUCAGCUGGAGAACCCCCUAAAGCAAUUCUGUAGUUAAUGCUUCUACGUAUUUUCUGAGAUAACUCGCUCUUAGAGAAAGUCUAGCCAUUUGAACAUCUGGCUCAAGUUACACAUUUUGCUGCUCGAAGGAUAAUGAAAUACUAUGUCAUUAGUAUCAAGUAAGUGUAUACUUUUCAUUAUAUUUUACUCUUUUUAUUGGAAGUUAUUAAAAGAUGUACUUUCUCUAUUCUUUAUUAACUUCCAGUGAUUUUUAUAGCAAAUGUGUUUUAAUAUUAAUAAGAGGAGCCAUAUUGACAUUUGGAAAGUCGGAACUCUUGUUCUUUUCUUCCUUUUGCAAAUGAUCAACUGUGGCAAAAUUAUGAAAAUGUUAUGAAAUAUUCUUACUCUAAUAGUUGGUGACAUUUGGAAUUGUAACUGUCAUUUAAGAAAAAUUAAAAAGCUUUUUAAAGACUAACCUGUCUUGUUGGGGGUGCUGACAUGUAUGAAUAGUUCUAACACUUAGGAGGAUCACUUUGUUCAGGAGUUCGAGACCAAUCUGAGCGCCAUAGCAAGCAAAACUCUCUUUAAAAUGAAAUAAAAUAAAUAAUAAUGGAAUG